AUGCUGGAAUACUUCUUUGAUAACUUCAUGCGCUUGCUGGGAACCGAUUGUUUCCUGGUUCUCCAAGAAAAGUGUCAGGAUCACAAAUUUCUCUACCGUCUUAUCCACAAGAUCCAAUCGAUGUGUCAAGGAGACUGUGGCGAAGCCACACUAGCCUCCUUGCAGUGCAGUGCCCAGCAGUGGCACGCCUUUGCGGCCAUCAUAGCCGUCUUGGAGGAGCAGGACUCAUCUCUGGUUGUGAGUACCCUCGAGAAGCAGCUUCCCCAGCUGCAGCUGAUGGCCAGUGAUCACGGCAAGCGUUGGCUCUCUUGGUUGCGCACCCUGUGCCUUAGACUCUUCCAGGAGGAUAGAGUCCAAGUGCUGUGCAAAACUCUGGAAUACUUUCUGGCCCAUCUGAGCAUAGAGCAGCUCGUCCGCUUAAGCCUGUUAUCAGAGUUCCUUGUGGCCACCAACAGGAGCCAGUUGUUUGAUCGCGAGGCUGACAACUGUCUCAGGAAGGUGCACCUGACGCGGCUUGUGUCAGAGGGAAAUGUACAACUCUUUCUGGAAGCACUGGUGACACUUUCAUGGGAGAACGUUCCUCUGAUCCUCUGGAUACGCAGUUUCGAGUCUAAACAAGUGCAGAGGGUUCCUAAGGAGUUGCUUAUUAAGUUGUGUCUUGUUGUUAGGGCCAUCGGUAACAAUGUUCUUCGAGAUAGAGCCCAGGUUGAUGUCAUCUUCUUGUUCAAGAACACCAUCGACGCUUUCUCUUUGAGGGAUUAUAUGGUCUGUAUGGAAUCGUUAUUCAAUAAGGCAGAUCCAUAUCGUGAUCACGACCGAUUAGAAGAAAAAAUCGCCAACUGCACAGACCUUCAGAAUCAUAUUGACUUGUUUAACCGGAGAUCCUAUGACAUAUUUUUCCACAAUACUUGCAGAUUGAAUAACAUUAUUGAGAAGCUUUAUAAUGCUUUUAUAUUGGAAAGGGAAUACAGACAUAUGAAUGGUUUUUGGCGCCUUGCUCUUUGUAGUAAUAACCAGAAAGUAAUAACAGACUUUUACCGAAAGUUUUACAACGUGGACAUAUCGUUGCUUCAGAAGGAAGCGAGUCCCGAGAAGAUGCUGGCGCAAUUGAUGGACCGAGUGGACUGCCAAACUAGCGAGGAGGCAUCCUUUUUGAAGGCCCGAUGCUUGGACCUCUUUAUUUCGAACCUAGAUUCAUGGGACCAGUUGGAGGACCUAAACUUUAAUCCCCAGGAACUAUUGAAACAGGGCACUGAAAAUAUCGUGUCUACUUUAGCGAGAUUCUUAGGAUCUCAUGGGUAUCGAAUAAUGGACGAGGAGGUACUGCCCGCUCUGAUUGCCCGUGUAAGAUAUUUUGAUGAAAUGAAAAAUGUUCUAGACUACGCUUAUAGAAAUUUAACAGAAAAGGAGUUUGAAAGGUUCUUUACUAAUCAAAUUAUUCAGAAGACAUUAGUUUGUUUACCCCAUUUACCAAACAGAAAACUAAGUAUAUCUCUGUAUCUAAAACUGCUGCUUCAUGGAGAACCCACAAGAGGACUGGCACGCAUUGAGGCUUCCUGUGCAUUCUACUCUUAUAAAGACGAAGACCGAAAUGCUAGAAUUAGACGACUGACUAUUGAGAACAUAAAUGAGUACGGAAAUACUGAAAUUAAAGCUAAAGUUUUCAAAGAACUUCUGAAAAUUAACGAAAAGCUGUCGAUGGAGCAUCCUCAUUACACUGAAAACUCCGAGGUGCACAGGCAAAAAAUGCGAAUUGCUUAUGCUUUGAUUCGAAUGUGCCACCAUUCUUAUGAUCCGGUAUCCUCGAUGGGUUUGUUGUUGCCCGGCAACCAUUGUGAUGAUCCGCUACCCUUGAAGACUUUAUUGCUGCCCAGCGAUCAUCUAGGGAUAAACCUAAUGCACGAGUACUUGAUAGGAUGUUCUUUGAAAAACAUCGAUUCGUUGCUGAAAUCAUUACCAAGUUAUGAGCCAAGGCAACUGGAGUCAGUUCUUUCCAUUGCCCACAUCUUCAUCAUCAGAAAUUUAAGAAAUAUCAAAAAAGACAAGCUAUCGGAAAUGUUCACCUCACUUCAACCGCUAACAAUGGGAUCCUGUUACGAAGUUCGAACUCUCGCGCAAAUAAUCCUGCACAGAUUAGCGUUGGAGUGUGAACUAAAUAGUAUUCACAUUCCAGUAGCUGAAAGCUUGAUCAACUUGGUGGAGGCUUCAUUGGGAAAAAGGCUUUAUGAGCUUCAAAGCGAACCUCGACUCGUGCUCGCAGAAAUACCUUUAUAUUUUCGGGAUCACAAUUCAGAAGUUAUUCUGGAUAUAACAAUUUGUAUGGAAUAA